AUGGUGGAAAUGGCAGUGUCUUUAGCUGUUGACGAACUACUUCUACUGUUAAGGGAAGAAGCCAAUUUGUUGAGGGGUAUUCACAAGGAGCUUGAAGACAUUAAAUAUGAACUAGAAAGUAUUCAAGCAUUCCUUAAGGAUGCUAAUAAAAUAUCCGCAAUAGCUGAAGGAGAUAACACUAGUGAAGGAGUCAAAACUUGGGUGAAGCAGGUUAGGCAAGCAAAUUUUCGCAUUAAAGAUAUCAUUGAUGAUUAUAUUAUCCAGGUGGGACAAAAGUGUCCUCAUUAUGGAUGUGUAGCUUUGUUCCAUAAGCUCAAAAGUAUGAGCCCUCAUCAUCGAAUUAUGUCUGAGAUUCAAGACAUUAAGUCAUAUAUUCGUGGGGUGAAGGAAAUAAGUGAAAAAUAUGGCAUCCAAAAUUCUUUAGAACAAAGAUAA